UUGGUAAAACGAGGAACAUGCCUGGACUUACAUCAAUGGUUUGUCAUAUGAUGUAAGGUAUAGUGUCCAAACACGAUUAUAUGUCUAAAUACUAAUAACUAGGAAAUAAAAUACGGCAAUUUGGCGGAACAUUUUGCACAUUUCUUUAAGAUGUAAAGAAGUUGAUAUCAGUUUACUAGCUUUUCCAGCAAUACUCAUAUUCUUAUGAUGGAUGAGGAGGAUCCGAAAAUGGAGAGUGAGCCAAACAGCGAAAACGUAUCACAUUCUGAGAUGCGUGCGAUUCUUUGGGGUCGACAGUUGUCUCGUUCUCAGAGUGACCCCCAGCGAGUUAGUGAAUUCACCGAACAUGAAACAGGUUUUGGUAAAAUGAAAAGACCUACAAGUCUUAGCGACGAAUGGAAAGAACUGCAGAAGAUAAAAAUGACUAAAAAUCCUAUUACUGAAACACUACUACCGCAUACACAGAAUUUACAAAGUAGACGAUCAAUUUGGAAAAAUUUCUUGUCGUUAUGUGGUGGACUUAUGUUAGCUUUUAUGUCGUUCUUGCCUCUUAGAAAUAUUCAAAGUAGUAUUUACCCUAUAGAUAAUCUUGGAACGAUCUGUUUAUCUUCGAUGUAUGCUGCUUUUAUCGUUGGAUGUACGAUCUCACCAUGGUUAGUUCAAAAUGCCAGACCUAAAGGUUUGAUAUUAUUGGCUGUAGCAAGUCACGUGUUCUAUGUGGCAGCUAACUUGUAUCCAUCGUAUUUGACACUUAUUCCUGCCUCAGUUAUUUUUGGCUUUUUACAAGCACCGUUGUGGUCCGUUCAAGAGCUACUUAUAGGUAGCUAUGGUUCUAGUUACUCAGCCAUAACUGGAAUCAGGGUAGAUAGAUCCAUUAGACAAUUUCAGAGCGUCUUUGUCAUAUUUUGUCAUUGUGCUCAGAUUCUAGGAAACUUAAUCGAAUCGCUAGUUUUAAAUUAUGGUACAGUUGAAAAUAAGCAUAUUUUGAAUAAAACGUAUUACUCUCUAAACCAUGAUAACUGUUCAGAAAAUUGCGUAGGCAAGUUUGGAUAUCAUAUGAAACGGCCAAAUGAAAUAGAAGAACAAAUAGACUACCUGGAAAUUCUAAAAUUUAUUUAUCUUGCUUUCUCGUGCUUUGCCAUGAUUUUGAUUGGCUUUUGUUUACGAAAACCUGACAUAAUAUUGAAUAAAAGAAAGAUGAGUUUGCUUGAAAAGCUUGGAGAUGUUUUGAGCUUCUUUAGAACUAAAAGUUGCGCUAUGAUAGGACUGCUGAUGGUGUUUACUGGCAUGCAGCAAGCUGUAGUUAUCAGCGAUGUCACUAUGGUAUAUGGUACAGAGAAGCUAGGUCUGUCUACAGUAGGCUAUAUGAUGAUGUGUUAUGGGACCUGUCAACUAGCUACUCUUUUAUUGCUUGAGAGAAUGCAAAGAAGGUUCCGCCCUAUUGUCUUCAUACUGAAAGGUUUUCUAAUUACACUGGGUUUGCUUAUUUUAUUGUAUGUUUGGGAACCACGUGAUAACUCUGUUCUAACUAUUUUCGGAUUCAUGGCUCUCUGGGGAGCUACGGAUGCUGUAUGGCAAUCCCAAAUUCAAAAUAUUUUGAUCACAUCUACAACAAAGCGGGAAUCAGCAGUUGUGUGUUUCCGAAUAUGCCAGGGCUUUGGUUUGACCGUAGUAUUUUUGUCCUCCCUUUGGUUGUCUUUACUUUAUAAAGUGUGUAUGGUUGGAGCAACUCUUGUUUUUGGAGUUAUGGGAUACAUGCUGCUAGAAGUUACUAACAAUCCAGUCACACCUUUAGAUCCAGAACCAUUCCCGUUGUAAAAAUAGCUUUGUCUAAGUGCGUCAAUGUAAUCACAUAUUACAUAAGGGUCUAGAUGGAAUUUAGAGAAUAGAUACUACAGGACCAAUACUGCAUAAAAAUUGCCCCCCCCC